AUGAUUGCAUUCUUGAGCGUGUAUGCACAUGCUGGUAAGGGUGCUUCUGCUCCACCUCCUCCAUCACCAAGAGCUGCUGCUCCUCCACCACCACCAGUUUCUAGACCACCACCAGUUGCACAACCGGUUUCAAGACCACCUCCUCCACCACAACCUGUGGCAAGAGCUCCUCCUCCACCUCCAGUUUCAAGACCACCACCAGUUGCACAACCAGCUUCAAGACCAGCUUCUCCACAACCGGUUUCUAGACCAACACCAGUUGCACAACCUGUAUCAAAGCCUGCUGCCCAACCAGUUUCUAAACCAACCGUUCAACUAAAGCCAGCUUCAGUUGGCUCACCAAUUGUUGUCAACAAUAAGAACCCUGCUAAAUCUUUCCCAAAAGAAGGUGAUAAAGAUUUUGUAGGUCCUGUUCUUCCAAAGAAACAAUCAGCAGCUGCCCUUAAACCAGUAGCACAACCAACUGUUGAAAAGAAAUCUGUUGCCAAGACUGACAAGAGUCAAGUCAAAUCAGCAGCUGAAAAGAAGAAGGCCGAU